ACGGGCCUCCAUGUCCCGGCAAAGAAAUGGGAGGAAUGUGCAUUGACGCGGAAAUACAUGCGCUUCGUGCAGCAGAAAACCCGGGUGCAGGACCAAUUCUCAGAAGAGUUCUUCAAGAAUCACGCCUCGAACAGCAGAAUCGAUACCUUUACGAUUAAAAUGACAUUCAUGACCGAUGAACUCCUCUGCGAUCUGAUGAAGUGGAUCGGAGACGGCGAAGUCGUAAUUCGAGGCCUAUCGAUGGAAGACGUCCGGCCUUACUUUGAAGAAGAGCUCUUCAACCGAUAUUUGAAAUUUAUCAACCCUCGUCUCCUGUGCUGGAGAGCCUCUAUGGAAGACGGGGCAAAAUCACCUUGUAUUAUCGUACCUCAAAAAUGCCAACUCCUCGACGUUGCCAAUGCUCAAGUGGACCUCACAAACUCGAAUCAGCUAGAAUAUGUCAUCUUGAGAGAUGUGCAUCAGGAAUCGCAGCGGUUAUUCAUGCAGGGUAUCUUCGACAACCAGUUCCCCAAGCUGAAAGCAGCGCUUUUAUGCGUAGACUCGAUCGGGCAGCGCCAAGAGAACUUGUGGUCGAAUAAGCAAUGGAAAGCGAUCGGUUUCAAAAUCAGGACGUUGUACAGUCGACAACCCGGAGCGCAUACGAUUCACGACAUCAGACGGAUUGACUCGAAGUGGAUGGACAAAGACCGAGCGACUGGUGGCUAUGCCGCGGAAUCUGUGCCGGAGCAAUUGUCCGACGUGAAACUAAACGACUAUCUAGGAGCAAUUAAAUCCAUUGAGGACACGGCACUUGCUCAGGUCCACCAGGUGUAUUCUGAAGCUGAAGCCGCUAAGGUUGAGCUUUAUGGCUCGUGGGCUUCUCGGGUGAAGCAGGUAUGGAAAGACAAGAUGAUGAAAGACGCGGAGAAGGCUCUUCAGCUGGAGCUGAUCAAACAGGAGAUGGUUGACCGAUACAAGGCCGAGACCGAGAAGGUCUAUAUGCAAGCCGUCCAGGCCGCCAAGGAGUACCAACAAGCCUACCUUGACGCCAAGGCCGCCCAGCGCCAAGCCAUCGCCGACAAGUACAACGAGUUCAAGCAGAUUGUCAAUGCCUCGAUCGAAGCCAAGGUGGCGCAGGCCAAGGAGAACAUGGCUGAAAUCGGCGCGUACCUGCAGCAAGUCGACGAGCUCUACCGUAAUCACAAGGCUGCUAGCGAUGCGGCCAUCGAGGAGCGCCGUCAGGCCCUCAAGGACAAGCUGGCCACCAUCUACAACCAACUUGAGACCCAGGGCAACGAGCUGAAGGCUGAUGGCGAACGACUUGGAGCCGAUCUGAAGGCGUUCAUGGAGAAGCGCUAUCAAUACAAGCAAGACGGACACGGCGCGGCCAAGGAAGUCUUGAAGGAGGUGUUGACCGAGUCGUUGGAGCAAAAGCUUGAGAAGAAGCUAGACAAGGAACUUCAAAAAAUGGUAGAGGACGAGAUCAAGGGCAAACUGAAGCACCCGAAGAUGGCCCUCCCAGUAGUGGUGAAGAAAACGACCGACACCGAGACCGAGACCAAAGUUGUGUCCCCUGAAUACAAGGCUACACUUCUGGAGACCCUCACCGGAGCUUCAGCCUGGGAAACUGUCGCCUGGGUCCUGUUGGCCCUUUGCAUCCUCCUAUCCGUCGCCCUGAUCGCCCUGAUCGCCUACCAGUAUUACCAGGUGGCCCAGAAGAACAAGUACGGCAAGCUGGAGGGUGUCGACAGUCCGCAUAGGCCCUCAAUGGCUCGCGCCGAGCGAGCACCCAUCAACACGGCGCCCCCACUCACCUACACGCAUGAGAAGCCCCUCUUCGGUUCCGGACUGCCGGGACCUUCCGUAACCGCCUCCGAUCCGUUGCCCGUUCCCCCACCCCUUGACGAUACGCAGCAAUUU